AGUGUGUUAGUACAGGAGUGUGUGGUCAGGAGCUGAGUCUAAGUCUGUCCAGUGUCCAGAUGUCAGUCUGACCCUCCCUCACACACAGCAGACUAAAGUCCUGCGAAGCGACGCGCUCCUGAAGCCACACACACCGCUCCAGACUCCAGGAGGUGUCAGGUCACAAUAGCUCUGGACUCAGAUAUGACUGCGUGCAUCUUCUUACGCCGAGCAAAAAUCGACAGAGAGCUGGCAGAUGAUGAGAUCGAAGAGCUGAGAGAGGCGUUUAAUGAAUUCGAUAAUGAUAAAGAUGGUUUAAUAAGCUGUAAGGACCUGGGGAACCUGAUGAGGACGAUGGGUUACAUGCCGACGGAGAUGGAGCUGAUCGAGCUGGGCCAGAACAUCAGCAUGAACCUGGGAGGACGGGUGGACUUCCAAGACUUUGUGGAGUUAAUGGCGCCGAAGCUUUUGGCUGAAACGGCCGGCAUGAUUGGAGUGAAGGAGCUGCGAGACGCUUUCAGAGAGUUUGACAUGGACGGAGACGGCUCGAUCACCUCCGAGGAGCUGAGGAGCGCGAUGGCUAAACUACUGGGAGAACACAUGAACCACACAGAGAUCGAAGCCGUGCUCCGAGAGGCGGAUGAUAACGGCGACGGCACGGUCGAUUUCGAAGAGUUUGUCAGGAUGCUGUCGAGCUGCUGAGAUGUUCAUCUUCAGCAUCAUAAACACAGCAUUCAUAUCCCUAAAUAUCAGAAAGAUCUCUGCUCCAUAAAUUGUGCAGACAUCUCAGCUUCCAGUGCAAUACAGAGCUACUGAUCUGAGAGAUGGAUGUGCAAUAUUUCUAAUAUCAGUCUAAUAUCACAACGCUUGUGUCUUUACAUGAUUUUUCAUAGAUAUUUGCUCAAUAAAAUACAAAAUUAGGA